GCGUUGUGUACCAACUUUCUCUCACAGCAUAGUCUACGCUAGCGUUUCAUUGAGGUUAUACUAUCAAGCGCAUUUUACUGGAGGAACCAUUCCACGCCAUCGCCAACCAUCAAUGCGCUUGCAAUCACCAUGGCAGACACCGAGCAGAGCAACAAGAGCGGAAACCCUGGUUCAGACGUCGGGAAGCAAGGUCGCGCUGGCGAUACCAUGAAGUCAGACUCCAAACCCACCAGAAAGUUCAGCGGACAAAUCUUCGGCCCAGGCAUUUCCGACAAGGCGACAAAAGACAGAGCUAUCUCCACAGCCGGUUACGCCCUACAAAAAGAGCUCCACCCAACUCCAAACCACGUCUGGAUGGCCUUCUUUACCGGUGCCUCCUGCACGAAAACAACCAAUCCCACGGGCGCAUACUCCGCCGUUUUCAACCAGGACAAGAAGCUAGCCAAAAUGGCAUGGUACAUGAGCUCUUUCUCGGAUGUGGUCAACGAGAAAAGACUUGCCAGUCUGGCCAUUGCGCAGGCACUCUACAUGGCGGACAAGAGAUUACGUGCCUUUGCCGACGAUGAGGAGCGGCCGAAGAAGGCAACGGUGAAGGUUUUCACGCAUUGCGUAGAGACGCUUAAGAACAUCGAUAAUCCGAGGGAAAUUGUCGGGGAUGGAAGGGAGGCAAAGCUUGAAGUCGUCAAGUUGAUCGAGGAUCUGUCGUACAGCCUUUGCAACAUCGUCGGCGCGCGCGUGAGGCUGUAUCUCCAGUGGGUGCCAGCGGACUAUGGGAAGAUGGUGUGUGCUAGGGACUUUGCGAAAUGUUGCCGAAGGAAAUCAGGCAGGAAAAAUAUGUAUUUUGUGGGAAACGAGAAGAGGGAUGAUGGACUAAUACCCGAGGGUGUCUCCGGCUUUAUCGAACGAGAUACUGCGGAAGAGGACCGGCACGAUCUGAUGGAGCAGCCAGGAAAGGCCGUGGCCAUAGCAGAGACGUUAACUGCUUCGACAAAGAAAGAGGGUCAGUCGGGUGUUCACCAAGUGGCCAUUCUAGGUGACCAAGAGAUGGAUGAGAGGAGCGCAAUGGUCAGCGAACAGGCUACAAACGACGAACAGGCUUCGAUCAACCAGCAAAUCCUUGCAGAUUGCUACCAGCAGCAAGGUUACUCCCUCCGUCAACGAGGGAAUCAGGACGUCACCAAUUAACAGAUGCCGGGAGAGCGUGCGGAUGAUUAUGCCAAUGGGCUAUGCCAGUUGGUCCUGGACCAUAUGUUGCCGCCUUGCCCCUCGACAUAAUGGAGAUCCAUCUUGAAUUGCGCCUCAAGCUCAUUGGUUGCCAAUCUUGUGUUGCCAGAGGAAUAUGGAGAAGAACUUGUGCAUGUUGUUUCGUUUGAGCAAUGGAGUUCGGUGUUGCGCUAGGUUGUACUUGUGGAAAGAUGCCUCUGUUGGCCCAUUGAUCCGCCGCGAUUUGGUUACGCAGCGCCAUUCACCUCAUAUAUAUACCUAUUGCCAGU